AUGAAUCCUGAUGACGUAAAGUGUAAUAAUGUGCACUUGGAAAAGAUUUUUAACAAAUUAUUAGACGUUAUGCGAAAGCAAUGUCCGCUGUUUGAUAAAACAUUUCAAAAAAUUGAGUGGGCUGGUAGUUAUUAUAAAGGAACUCGAGUUGGACAGCCUGAAGAAUAUGAUUUAAAUUUUGUGAUCGAUUUGCCCUUCAAAGAAAAAGAUCUAGAGUUUAGCACAGAUCGACCCGGGUUUACUAAAAUACGCGUUGUUAGAAAAGACAGAUUAAAUAUGGAUCCGGAUUCGGAAGCAUAUAAAAAAUUAAAGUCCUUCAUUGACGAGGAAUCAUAUCUAAACCAAGAAGAAUUCCGUGGAUGGAUAGAGGGAAUUUUCAGUAAAGUGACCAGAACUACUAAUGGAAAUAAUGGAAUUUUAAUUGAUGGUUAUUCAUCAGCAAUAAAGAUACAUAAAUCAGGACCAGCGUUUACACUAAAAUUCCCACUUCCUGAAGGAAGAACCAUCAACAUCGAUAUAGUUCCUGUUUUAGCUUUUUCGGUUUCUACUUUGCCACCAAAGUGUUCAAAAUACAACGUAUUACAAUCUGCUCCAUAUAGACAUUGGUCUGCAGUUCCAAAACCAUUAGAUAACGAUAAAGGUGAUAAUUUACAAUAUCGCUAUUGGCGAUUAUGUUUUUACGAGUUUGAGAAAGACAUGCUUAUUAGCCAUGAUUAUGGGCGUAUGAAACCUGUAAUACGACAAUUGAAGAAACUUAGAGAUACUCAAAAAUGGAAAAGUGUCGCAAGUUACUAUCUCGAAACAUUAUGUUACCAUGAAAAAGAAAUGUUUAUGUUAAGAAAACUUCGCGAUGCUUUUUACAAUGGGAAAAUAGAAUUUUAUUGGGAUGACGAUUACAAUUUGUUAGGAAAAAUUAAACCUAUGGAAAUGAAAAAUAUGGAAAACAGAUUAAAUAAUAUUUUAAAACAUAUAAAAAAAAAAGCCAUCGAAAAAGAUCGGUAUGCGAUAGCUACAUAUGUUUUAAAUGAUCAUGACUUAAACACUUUGAAAAAUUCGGACUCUGUAUCCAAACCGAAACCAGAACCUGAACUUGAAAAUUGUAAGUAUUACUAA